AUGGCAGCUACAGAGCCUGCGUUUGCGGCCGUCACGUCAACAGACCGCAGAGGCCUGUUGUGGAUUGCUUCUAUUCUUAGCCUCGUCUUUGUGCUCUUCACUCUCAGCGCCAGGCUCUAUGUACGGAAGCACAUGCUUGGUCGAGAUGACUUUGCAACUUUUGCUGCUGUAGUAGCUGCCGUCGGUCAACAUAUAACCAUUUUUAUUGGUUUAUCGCUUGGUCUGGGAACAUCGCAGCCAGAGAUCCAGCGCGGGCACGAGGCCAUGAUUCUCAGGACAGUUGUUGCUGCCGAGAUUCUAUUCCUUUGUACAUUAUACAUGGCGAAAUUUGCGGUGCUUCUAGCGACAGAGCGCCUGCUCUCCGUGGCCAUGGUGACAGUUCGCAAGAUUUGCAUCAUCCUGCGAAUACUGCUUGUGUUCUGUGCCCUAGUGUCCUUCUUGACAGUGACGCUUGGGUGCACCAUCGGAUCCGUCACCAUCAACGACGGCGGCGACAAGUGCGAUGGACAUAUUUGGCGAUGGGUGCUCGUAUCCGUUCUCGACUUUUUGACAGAAUUCAUGCUUCUGGCGCUCUUCUGUUCUAUUGUUUGGUCGUUACAGAUGCGCAUGAAGCUCAAAAUUACGCUAUUUUGUCUUCAGGGUCUACGCUUCUUAUGCCCUGGCUUCACUGCCGUAUACACAGCCUCGCUGUGGCACAUUCUCACUACGCGCACCCCGUCUGUAUGGAUAGUCAACUCUCUUGUCUGGCAGCAGUCUGGGAUUUGCUAUUCACUAAUCUCGGUGAUUGUGAUUGCACUGAUUCCCUUUUUGAAGAGCUUCCACACCGGUAUGGGGAUCAACGUGCGCCACCUUGCAAGCACCAGUGGUUCACGUACACUCUCGCGCGGUGGAGAGGCCAUGUUCCAUCCAAGCAACAGCCAAAUCAAGCCUAGUCAUCUUGUUUCUGCAGCUAAGUCUGAUAAGCGCAGCGUCAUGCGAAGCGCCAAUGAAGCUGCCGCCUGCGACGAAGAUGUCGAGUGCGGCAACCGAGAACGCUGGUCAUGGUGCUCACAGUACCGAGUCAGCUCGACCAGCAAGGUCGAGGCUGAUCUGGGCGAAGGAUCUGUCUCAGGCGAAAUGGUGAUUCAAAAGACGGUCGACUGGAGCGUCUUGCACGAGGAUAGCACGAUUUACAGCGAAAAGAGCAGCAAGAGCGACAAGGACUAG